CUAGCAUUCAAAGAGGAACAUCGAACUUGAGAAUCAGCAUUUACAGUUUGAGAUUUUACUGUAAAGAAAUAAAAUGGAUCCAAUUCAAUCGACUUCGGAUUACCAUGAUGACCCCACUACUGAUUACUAUGCUGCAUCUGAAUAUUUCCACGAAGUGGCUGUAAUUUGUAACAGAAAGGAAAUAUAUGAAUUCAGUCGAAUUUUUCAACCAUGUUUGUGUACACUCGUUUUUCUGGUUGGCAUAGCUGGAAACAGUUUGGUUCUUUCUACUUACAGCUUCUCCAGAAAAAUUAAAUCGAUGACAGAUGUCUACUUGAUCAACUUAGCCAUAGCCGACCUCCUUCUUCUCCUGACUCUACCUUUUAUAGCUGUAAAUGCAGUCCAAGGAUGGGUGUUUGGUAAUAUAAUGUGCAAAAUUGUUGAAGGAAUGUAUUCAAUCAAUUUCUUCAGUGGCUUUCUCUUUCUAACAUCCAUCAGUGUGGACAGAUACAUUGAAAUAGUUCAAGCAGUUGAAGCCCAUAGAAUGCGUCAAAAGUCCAUCUUUUACAGCAAAUUGGUCUCCACAGGGGUCUGGGUGUUAUCUGUUUUGCUUACAUCCCCACAGUUUAUUUACAGUAAAUCUCAACUGGUGGAAGAAGUGAACAUUUGCAGUAUGGUUUUUCCAGAAGAUGUCACUGCCAUGGUGAAAGGGAUCAGCAACUUCUCCCAGAUCAGCUUUGGUUUUAUUAUUCCUUUCUUUGUCAUGGUCUUUUGUUAUUCCUUUAUUGCCAAGACCUUGAUGUCUGCCAGAAGCUUUGAGAAGCACAAAGCUCUUAAAGUUAUCAUCUCCCUUGUGGUUGUGUUCGUUCUCUUCCAGCUCCCGUACACCCUGGUUAUGUUUCUUGAAACCACAGACCUGCUGAAGAAAGCUCAGAUGUCUUGCACAACAAGAAUGCAUAAAGAUGUUGCCUUUAUCGUCACCAGAAACCUGGCAUUCAUCAGGUGUUGCUUAAAUCCCAUCCUAUAUGCAUUUAUUGGGGUAAAGUUCAGAAAGGACAUUUUACAUUUGCUAAAGAAUGUAGGGUGCAUCUCAAGGGCCAGAUAUGCCAAGUACUGUGGAACAAGCAAAUCAUGUCCAAGCUCCAUGGCAGGAGAAACAAGCAGCUUUAUUCUAUAAUUAUAGCACCAUUUCCUUCAACCACAAAUCUAACAGAACACUCCAAGAACCAUAACCACUAUAGCACACUGUGGUGGCU